CGCACAGCACCAUCAACAACAAUUACGUGAUAAACACUUUUAAACGCUAACUAGCCAAGGAAUUUAAUUCAGUGAUACUUUCUACACAUGGCUCAAGUGCUCAACGCCUAAUUAAUGUGCCAGCCAUAAAUAGUCGAAAGCGUGGCGAUUCAUCAGUUUGAUAAGCAUCGGCUUUUGUUGUUGUGGUUUAUAUUGAUAAUUUCCUUUGAUGGAGGAGCAUCUGAAGAAGCUGACAGUUGUGGAAACGGUAACGCGACAAAUGCCAACAUUGAACGAGAUUUGGCCCCUGUUGGCAUGGGUCGAAUUACGGGCUCCUCCAGCAUUGAGACGCUGGUGCGCGUUGGCAUUGAGAAGGAGCAUGGACUCAGUCCCGAUUCGAAAAUGGUUGUUUUACACGAUUUCACGCCGUGCGUCGAUGAUGAGCUGGAGGUGAAGCGUGGCCAGUUGGUCAACAUACUGUACAGGGAGAACGAUUGGGUCUAUGUGAUUGGGCAGGAUUCGCGACAGGAGGGCUUCAUUCCAUUCAGCUACUGUGCACCGUACAACACACAGCUGGCCGAGUUGGCCAUUAAAAAGAAGCUGCCACGCGAUCAGUGCCCCGAGCAGCCGCAUGAUGAGAAUCAACCGUUGCUGGGCGUUGACAACAAGCUGGAUGUGCUCUGCGAUGAGACGGCAAUGGCAGUGCUCAAUGCCUCCACAGUGAAUAGCUUGGAGAACAAUCUGUUGGCAACCAUGCCCGAGUGUACGGCCUUCAUCAAGGAGCCGUCGGGACGCUGCAUUGUCCUCUACACAUUCAUUGCCCGCGAUGAGAACGAUUUGUCUGUGGAACGGGGUGAAUUUGUCACCGUGCUGAAUCGCGAGGAUCCCGACUGGUUUUGGAUAAUGCGCAGCGAUGGCCAGGAGGGCUUUGUGCCGGCCAAUUUCAUAUAUCCCGCGGACAGUGUGCGUGUCCUGCAGCAGCAGAAGGCGACGCCAGCAGCCGCCGCGCCCCUUAACGAGACCAACAUGCAACAUCAUGCGAAUUUAACCGGUGGCAGCCUCAAUGCCAUGGAGAGCAUUCUCCAACAACAACAACAGGGACAGCAGCAGCAACAACAACAACAGCAGCAGCAGCAACAACAACUUGGCAUAGGAACCGAUGAUUUGCGGUAUCAUGGCACAGAGCUGGUCAUGUUGUACGACUACAAGGCGCAAGCACCCGACGAUCUGUCCGUGCGCCGCGGCGACUGGAUCUAUGCGGAUCUCAACAACCAAACAGUCGAUGGCUGGCUGUGGGCCUAUGCGCCCAAGACACGCAAAUAUGGAUUCAUACCCAAGGCAUAUGCUCGCCCACCAGCCAUGACGAGCCUCUGAGCCGCUUAGCCAAGCAUAAUUAUAUACAAUAUUUAUAUAUAAAUAUAUAAAAUGUACUUAUACAUUUAGACAUUUUAAGAUUUUAGUUUAGUUGAUCCAGAAGCUGCUGCUUUUCAUUCCAAGACUUCU